AUGUAUGCAGAAGCAGGAAUAAUUAACUACGUCCACGGGAGCAGAAACCAGCUCAUGAGCAGGGAGCAGUAUAGGACUCUGGAGACAGCGAGCACUCUGGAGGACCUAAAACUGAAGCUUCAGACCAGCGUAUACGGGAGCUGCCUCAUGGAAGAGACGGAGUCGUCGUUAAAAUCCUUUAAGGAGGCGAUAUAUAAAUCGAUCGAAAAGCAGAUGAAAGUCACAAACUCUUUUGCCACGGAAAAGUCUUCAGUUCUCAUAGACUUCUACCGGGAGAAGUAUCAGCUCGACAACUUCAUCUAUCUAUGGGCGUGCAAGGAGGAGAGCCCAAAGUCCCUCGAAACUGCCCUGGAGAUACAUCCGCUCGGGAUAUACCCAGGCCUGAGCUUCAUAAAGGUAACGCAGACCCCGCAGGACACGUGGAAGUACUGCCUGGAGCAUACGAGUCUGUGCAAGUACGUCGUCGGACUGUCGCACGAGAUCCUCAAGGAAGACAUUCAGUACGUCCGAAGCAUCCUGCAGAAAAGGUACCUUGAGCUUCUGUACGAAUUUUCAGUGAAGAACAACCUGAUACUCGCAGAACUCGUGCAGUUUGAGGGCGACAAAAGGAUCAUAGAGGUCCUGUACUCCUCGAUAGACUCCACGCUCAGUGCCAGCGACAAAAUGAACCUUUUUCCUGCGUGCAGCACCUUCUCGGACAUACACAAGGACCUUCUCCUGGGCUGCAAAAGCAUCGACGAGCUGCAAGGAGUGCUGAGCACGCACAGCAGGCACAGAAACAUCAUCGGAAAUGAGCGAGGCCUGGAAGAUGCGCUGACUCGGGAGGAGGUCCGGCUCUGCAACAAGUCUUUCUACAUAUACGACGAUCCCAGCGUAGUAUAUACGCACCUGACCCUGCAGGAAAUAGAGGUGCGAAACAUCAUAUUCCUUGCGGACUGCAUACUCCAGGGAAAUGGCUCGCACAUGGACGAAAUAGUGGACGUGUGCGACUGA